AAUAAAUAAAGAUAGAAAAAUCAACUGCAUUAAGUGGCAUUAAGAGGAUGGAACCUUCGAUCAACUAUAACAAAAACUUACAUUUGUUCGAAUAUUGGAACAGUAUUAUUUUACUUCUUCUCCAAAUACAUUGCCAUGUUUUAUAUGAUCAUUAUGCAGAUGUAGAUCUCUGCUCUGAUCCUGUUUUUGAUACACGGCUUUGUUACCAUAUUCACAUGAUUUGUGGUUACCUUAUUGCACACCUACAGCUACACCAACUGCAAAAAUGAUUGUCUAAAAAUCUGCAAUAUUUAAGCAGUCCAGUGAAGUGGAAAAAUAAAAUAAUGGUAUUAUGUACCUAAUUAACAUUAAAACAAUAAAUCAGGAAAUUAUAAAAAUUAGAAGAAUAGCAACAUUACAAGACACCGCAGUUACGAGUUUAUGUAAUCUAUUACCGAGAUUUCUUCGUGUGACAGAUUAAAAAUAUAGCUUCGAUGAUUCUACCAUAUCCUACCCAUAUCCGCUUUUAAAUAUUCUUUGACUCUAUGGUUUGCGAUUACUGAACUUCGCCUGGCUACACUCUCGGAAUCAUACAAUACCAACUGGUAUUUUUCUGUAUUUGACCAAUCUCUUGCAAUCUCAAAUUUUGACAAUGACCGCUCAUUGGUCAGAUUUUUACUAAUCAACAUGUUUCGAGAGUGAGUCUUUGAAUGAUAAAAUCAUUCCGCGACAUGUCAGUCAGGAAGGCGACGAUUAUAAAUUUCCGAAUUCACUUCAACAUUAUUUUAUAGUUAAGUUAAUAGUGUAUUUUUGACAAAAACAUGGAACAAUAACGUAGUGUUAAACAAUUUUAAGUUAUUGUUAUAGUUACAUUUUACGUUAGCAAUAUCAACGCGGGUGUUAUCAUGGUUUUUGUUGUUAUUUAUCAUUUCAUUCAACGUUUAUGAGACGAAGAUUUUUUAGAGUUCUCAUUUAAAUUAGUUUCAAAUGUGAUCAGUGAAUAUUAGGAAUUGUUGUAAUGUAAAUAAAAAAAUAUUGUUUGUGCGCGCAUGCGUUUUUGUCAAAAACAGACAAAGGUUUUGUGUGAUUUAAAAAUCAGCUGUGUGUGCAAUGACUUAGUGAUACAAAAAGAGUGUGUUUAUAAGCAACAAUGAUUAGUGAAAUUGGAUAUGUAGUGUUUUUGCUGUUAGCUCUUCCUUACAUAGAAAGUGCGUCUCGUCGCCUAAGCGAUUACGUGGAGCACUACGAGUCGUUGCAGUACGACUCUCGCGCGGUACACGCGCAGCACGCGCGCACACGCCGCUCCCUCGACGCGCCGGAUCUGCGCAUCGCCUUCCACGCGCACAACCGACGCUUCCAUCUCCGACUCAGGAGAGACCUCUCCGCCUUUAGUAAGGAUUUUAAGGUUGAAGGUUCCAAUGGCGAAAUCCACGAUGUGGACACGUCUCACAUAUACCGCGGUGACUUGGUCGACGACCCACACUCAACGGUGUUCGGUUCGGUGACAGAAGGUGUGUUCGAGGGGAAGAUGAUCACAAACGACGGCACGUACUACGUGGAGCACGCCCGCCGAUACUUCCCCCCCAACGGGACUCGAACCCGGGUCCACUCUGUCAUAUACAAAGAUAGUGACGUCAGUGACCCCUACUCACACAGACGACACGGUCACGUGGGUGGAUGCGGUAUCACAGACGAAGUGGUGCAAUGGAUGGACCGCAUACAGAAUUCUGGGGUCGAUGACGACCCGCCGACCUCGCCCGCACCCUCGCAACCACAGCCGUCUCACACACCGCCUCAUCCCAACAGCCUACGAGACGAUUCACCGAGGCAUUGGGAGCAUCACAACAAAUAUUCGAGAGCAGCUAACACUGGCGAGCACACACGCAAGCGGCGAGCUGCGAACGACAACAGGAACACGUGCUCACUCUUCAUAGAGACAGACCCGCUCAUCUGGCGGCACGUCAGGGAAGGAUUCCCCGAUCAUCGAGAUAGAAGUAAAAAGAGCGAAGUUGACAUGAAGACGCGGGAAGAGAUCCUGUCACUAAUAUCGCAUCACGUGGAGGCCGUCAACUACAUAUAUAGAGAUACGAAGUUCGACGGCCGCUUGCAGCACAGAAAUAUCAAAUUUGAAGUACAACGAAUUAAGAUCGACGACGACUCGAUGUGCAGUCCGCACCACUUUGGCGCAGAGAAUAACCAGUUCUGCCAGGAGAAUAUCGAUGUCUCCAACUUCCUUAAUCUACACUCGCUCGGCAACCACGAGGACUUCUGCCUAGCUUACGUCUUCACCUACAGAGACUUCACAGGAGGCACGCUAGGUCUGGCGUGGGUGGCGAGUGCCAGUGGUGCUUCGGGCGGUAUCUGCGAGAAAUACAAGACGUACACGGAGACGAACGGCGGCAUGUACCAGAGCACCAAGCGCUCGCUCAACACCGGCAUCAUCACAUUCGUCAAUUACAACAGCCGCGUGCCGCCGAAAGUCAGCCAGCUCACACUAGCCCAUGAGAUCGGACACAACUUUGGAUCACCGCACGACUACCCGUCGGAGUGUCGGCCGGGCGGGCAGGCGGGCAACUACAUAAUGUGUAAUGUAGAAAUUGAACAGUAUUGCCAAAUGAUCAAAUUGUUAUUAGACUGA